CCGACGCGUCUCAGGACCGCGAUUGGUCCGCCGGGUCUUUGACCCCCCGCUUCCUCCCGCUUGAGGCGACUACGGCGGCUCCAAGGAGGGGGAGGGGAGAGGAGAGACGGCCGGUCCCGUCAGUCAGGCAGCGGGAGCCGCCGGGAGCGGAUGGCGGCGGCAGUAGCGGCCCCACUCGCCGCUGGGGGAGAGGAAGCAGCGGCCACGAUCUCCGUGCCAGGGUCUCCGGGUCUGCCCGGGAGCCGCAGCGCAGAGAGAGCCCUAGAGGAGGCCGUGGCCACCGGGACCCUGAACUUGUCUAACCGGCGCUUGAAGCACUUCCCCCGGGGCGCGGCCCGCAGCUACGACCUGUCAGACAUCACCCAGGCUGACCUGUCCCGGAACCGGUUUCCUGAGGUGCCCGAGGCAGCGUGCCAGCUGGUAUCCCUGGAAGGCCUGAGCCUCUACCACAACUGUCUGAGAUGCCUGAACCCAGCCUUGGGGAAUCUCACAGCUCUCACCUACCUCAACCUCAGCCGGAACCAGCUGUCGUCAUUACCACCCUACAUCUGCCAGCUACCCCUGAGGGUGCUCAUUGUCAGCAACAACAAGCUAGGAGCCCUGCCCCCCGAUAUUGGCACCUUAGGAAGCCUUCGACAGCUUGAUGUGAGCAGCAAUGAGCUGCAGUCCCUCCCAGUGGAGCUCUGUAGCCUCCGUUCCCUUCGGGAUCUCAAUGUUCGGAGGAACCAGCUUAGCACCCUGCCUGAUGAGCUGGGGGACCUUCCUCUGGUCCGCCUGGAUUUCUCCUGUAACCGUGUCUCCCGCAUCCCGGUCUCCUUCUGCCGCCUCAGGCACCUGCAGGUCAUUCUGCUAGACAGCAACCCCCUGCAGAGCCCACCUGCCCAGAUCUGCCUGAAGGGGAAACUUCACAUCUUCAAGUACUUAUCAACAGAGGCUGGGCGCCGUGGGGCUGCUCUGGUGGACCUGGCCCCUUCCCACCCACCAAGUUUCAGUCCCUGCCCCGCCGAGGAUUUAUUUCCAGGACGUCGGUACGAUGGAGGGCUGGACUCAGGCUUCCACAGUGUUGACAGUGGCAGCAAGAGGUGGUCUGGAAAUGAGUCAACAGAUGAAUUUUCAGAGCUUUCAUUCCGGAUCUCAGAGCUGGCCCGGGAGCCUCGGGGCCCCAGAGAACGGAGGGAAGAUGGCUCUGCUGAUGGAGACCCAGAACAGAUCGACUUCAUUGACAGCCACGUCCCUGGGGAGGACGAAGAGCGAAGUGCUGCUGAGGAGCAGCAGCCACCUGAAUUAAGCCCUGUGGCAGGGGAUGGGGAGAAGGCAUCAAGCAGCAGGCGGGAGGAGUCUGCAGGGGAGGAACGGCGGCGACCUGACACCUUGCAGUUGUGGCAGGAGCGAGAGCGGCGGCAGCAGCAGCAACAGCAGCAACAGCAGCAACAGAGUGGAGGAGCCCCCAGGAAGGACAGUUUCCUGAAGUUGGGGCUCAAGGCUGUUGGGGGAAGCACUGCUGCCUUAUCCACGCAGGCCACCUACAAUGGCCCACCCAAGCCUACUGCUGUCCAACUGGGAACUUCAGGGGGACAGGGAACCCCGAUGCCUGCCCCCCCAUCCCAGGACCCCCUUCCUGUAGCUGGACCAGCAACUACACCUAUUCCCCGGCCGCUCAGCUCCAUUCAGAGACCAAACAGUUUCCUCUUCCGUUCCUCCUCUCAGAGUGGCUCAGGCCCUUCCUCACCAGACUCUGUCUUGAGACCUCGGCCAUCCUCCCAGGUUCUGGACCAGAAGGAAUUAAUGUCUCAACUGCGCCAGGUCCUUGAGUCCCGGCUGCAACGGCCCCUGCCUGAGGACCUGGCUGAGGCUCUGGCCAAUGGGGUCAUCCUCUGUCAGCUGGCCAACCAGCUGCGGCCCCGUUCCGUGCCCUUCAUUCAUGUGCCCUCACCUGCUGUGCCAAAGCUCAGUACCCUCAAGUCUCGGAAGAAUGUGGAAAGUUUCUUAGAAGCCUGUAGAAAAAUGGGGGUCCCUGAGGCUGACCUGUGUUCGCCCUCGGAUCUCCUCCAGGGCACUGCCCAGGGCCUUCGGACCACACUGGAGGCUGUGUCAUGGGCGGGGGGCAAGUCCCCUCCGCCCGUCUGGCCCCCCUCUGGUCUGGGUGGCUUCGUCCUCUUCUACGUGGUCCUCAUGCUGCUGCUCUAUGUCGUCUACAUUCGGCUUCUGGGUUCCUAGGAUGGAAGUCACUCCUUCCCCUCCCUCCCCACUUCUAUUUAUAAGAAUCCUGAGCAACCCUGUCCACACCCGUGGUGCCUUCAGCCCUACCAAAGACACUAGUGUACCCCCCACAAACACUGACCUCAGAGGCCCCACUCUGGUGCCCCCAGACCCUGGGUCCCCCGCCUCUGGCCUCCCUCCUGUAGCCCCUCACUCACUGCCCCUCACCCCCUCAGUGCUGAUGGUGCCUUUAUGCCUUCUCCCGCCCUCUGGGCCCUCUGUUCCCCCAGAGAGGUUGUAGGAGCUCAGACCUUUCCUCCCCUAUCUCCUUCCCCCCAACUGGCUGCUACUGGGGGGCUAAAUUAUCUCUGUUUUGUAGAGAGAGCUCUAUAUUUGUAGAGGAUGCAGAGGCCCAGGCUGGGUCCUCAACUCUGUGUAUAAACUGUACAGACUGUGGCUGUGUUCAUGUUUUUGUCUGCUCCUGUUGUGGCCAGGCUUAGCCCUGGUAGGGUCUCCUGGGCUCCAAGUGCCAGCUUGUCUGUGCCAGCCUUUCCCUCUGUAAAUGACAGGCCUCUCCCACCCCUAAGCCUUGGCCCCUGUGUGACCUCCUCUGUUACCCCUGCAGCUUCCUUGUCUCAUUUGUCCUGGAGGGGGCAGUGUCUACCAAGAGUCCCCUCCUCCAACCUUCACCCCGUCCACCUUGCCGGGGCAGGGAAGGCGAGUGGAG